AUGGCGGACCUUUUGCUUACAAUUAGAGAUGACAUCGUUCUGGGGCAUUUCGCGGUAUGCGACGUUGUUACCAGUGUUGUGACCGGUAGGCCAUUGCUAUGCAGAUACCAUGUUCCUUGGUCCCUCGAGUUGUGUAAUGAAUUUACAAAGGACGAAAACUUGGGACUGCGAUGGCUAUUCGGCAUUCCGGAUCAGUUCGUUAUGCUAUUGCAUACAUGGACGGUCUGGAAGGACGCCCAGGCAUCAGGGACCACGGUCGACCUGGAUAUAAUUCAACGGAUAGAAGAAGACAUCGGUAAUAUAGACAUUCUGCCGUGCAGAACCAGUGAUUCGUCGUUGGCAAUCGGGAGAAUGGUUGUGCAAGAGUGUUGGCGCCAGGUACUAUUGGAAGCGAAUGCGCUCGAUCAUCGAGUUAAGAAAGCUCAGAAAGGGUUUAUGAAACUUUUGAAAGCGACUAAGCCCAGACGCAAUCCAGACGUGUUUACAAUCAUGCCAAUGAUCAUCGCGGGUGCAGUUACGACAAAGUCCACUCACCGACGACAGAUUAUCAUAUCGCGUUUUCUCUCCAUGCCAGAAUUCGCCAACCCCGGUGUUGCCGGAAAUGACUUGCUUCGCAUGCUGGAAGAUAUUUGGGCGCGAACGAAUAUGGAAGGCAGGCCAGCCAGAUGGGAAGACUUGCGAGAGGCAUGCCAACGUGUCAUAGGCAUUUAG